GAGGUGGGGGGGGGCGGCGGCGGGCGCCAGGCAGGCCGGCGGGGUGGGUUAAGGGGGGGCGGCGCCGCGGGAGCCGCCACCGUUUCUUCACCGCCCUCGCCAUGGACUCGGACGAGGGUUACAACUACGAGUUCGACGAGGACGAGGAGUGCAGCGAGGACAGCGGCGCGGAGGAGGACGAGGAGGACGAGGAGGAGGACGAGCCCGACGAUAACUUGGACGAAGUGGAGCUGGUGGAGCCCGGGCUGCGCGUCGGCGGAGAGCGCGACGGGCUGUUAGGCGGUGACACGGGAGGGCUGGGCCCCGGCGGUGGCGGUGGUGGAGGCGGCCUAGGCGGCGGGCCGGGCCCCGGAGGCGGCGGCGGCCCCGACCAGGAGGAGGAUUAUCGCUACGAAGUGCUGACGGCCGAACAGAUCCUGCAGCACAUGGUGGAGUGCAUCCGGGAGGUCAACGAGGUUAUCCAGAACCCAGCGACCAUCACUCGAAUACUGCUCAGCCACUUCAACUGGGACAAAGAGAAGCUGAUGGAGAGGUACUUUGAUGGCAACCUGGAGAAGCUCUUUGCCGAGUGCCACGUCAUCAACCCCAGCAAGAAGUCCCGGACGCGCCAGAUGAACACCCGCUCCUCAGCCCAGGACAUGCCCUGCCAGAUCUGCUAUCUCAACUACCCCAACUCGUACUUCACUGGCCUGGAGUGCGGACACAAGUUCUGCAUGCAGUGCUGGAGCGAGUACUUAACUACCAAAAUUAUGGAGGAAGGCAUGGGACAGACCAUCUCGUGCCCUGCUCACGGCUGUGAUAUCUUAGUGGAUGACAACACAGUUAUGCGUCUGAUCACAGACUCCAAGGUGAAAUUAAAGUACCAGCAUUUAAUAACCAAUAGUUUUGUAGAGUGUAAUCGACUGUUAAAGUGGUGUCCUGCCCCAGACUGCCACCACGUCGUCAAAGUGCAGUACCCGGAUGCGAAGCCUGUGCGCUGCAAAUGCGGGCGCCAGUUCUGCUUUAACUGUGGGGAGAACUGGCACGAUCCUGUGAAGUGCAAGUGGUUGAAGAAAUGGAUUAAGAAGUGUGAUGACGACAGCGAGACUUCCAAUUGGAUUGCAGCCAACACAAAGGAGUGCCCCAAAUGCCACGUCACCAUCGAGAAGGAUGGGGGCUGCAACCACAUGGUCUGCCGGAACCAGAACUGCAAAGCCGAGUUCUGCUGGGUGUGUCUGGGCCCCUGGGAGCCCCAUGGAUCUGCCUGGUACAACUGCAAUCGCUACAAUGAGGAUGAUGCAAAGGCAGCAAGGGAUGCACAGGAGCGCUCCCGGGCGGCCCUGCAGAGGUACCUGUUCUACUGCAACCGCUACAUGAACCACAUGCAGAGCCUGCGCUUCGAGCACAAGCUCUACGCCCAGGUGAAGCAGAAGAUGGAGGAGAUGCAGCAGCACAACAUGUCCUGGAUCGAGGUGCAGUUCCUGAAGAAAGCGGUGGACGUCCUCUGCCAGUGCCGUGCCACUCUCAUGUACACUUACGUCUUUGCCUUCUACCUCAAAAAGAAUAAUCAGUCCAUUAUCUUCGAGAAUAACCAAGCAGACUUAGAGAAUGCUACAGAGGUGCUUUCUGGGUACCUGGAGCGGGAUAUAUCCCAAGACUCGCUGCAAGACAUAAAGCAGAAAGUGCAGGACAAGUACAGAUACUGCGAGAGCCGGCGGAAGGUCUUGUUGCAGCAUGUGCACGAAGGCUACGAGAAGGACCUGUGGGAGUACAUCGAGGACUGAGCCUGGCACACGAACUCUGAGACCCCUUUCCCAGCCGGAUUCAAAUCAAAGCCGCAGCCGAGGCGCUCCCGCCUGCCGCCCCACCCCCUGCUGGUCUGUAGCACCGGGAGGCUCUUUUGGUGGUUUUUUUCGUUUUGUUUUUCUUUUGUUAAGAGGAAAUUGAAGUAAAUUAUAUCGAAAUAAAAAGCAAGGAGCGAGCAAGCAACCAACCCAAGCACCCGAGGUAGAUAACAGCAUCGUGCAGCAGUAUUCUAGGCGGCCAGCCGGAGUGGGACAGAGGCGCUGAAAGCAAAACCAAACAACCAAGCCCUCCUCCGACUUUAACCUUGUAACCUGUAGCUUCCUUCUCCUCUUCCUUUUCUAUCUUUUUGGGGUUGUUUUGGGUUGGUUCCCCCU